UAUUCUACUCCUCUUCAUGUGACUGAGAGAGCAUCGGAGGAGAGAGAGAGGGGGGUUGAGAGGAAGCGAUGGAGAGGAGCGUGCCGGUGAGGAAGCCGCACACCUCGACGGCGGAUCUGCUGACGUGGCCGGAGGCGCCACCGGAGGAUCCACCGGCGGCGGACUCGAAAUCGCGCCGGCCGCACCAGCCUUCGGGAGGGAUCAGCAAGGUGCUGUUCGGGGGGCAGAUGACGGAGGAGGAGGCGGACAGCGUGCUCAAGAGGAAACCUUGUUCAGGUCCAAAGCUAAAAGAAAUGACUGGAAGUGGCAUAUUUGCUGCUGACAGUGAAGAUGGUGAAGCAGAUUCUGGCAGUGAUUUCUCAAUUCCUAAUAACCGAACCAGUUUACGAACUUAUCAGCAAACGGUUAGUGCAAUUAGCCAGAUCUCAUUCAGUGCUGAUGAGAGUGUUGCCCCCAAGAAGCCAACCUCAAUAGCAGAGGUGGCAAAGCAGCGAGAACUAAGUGGAACUUUGCAGAGUGAAUCAGAAGCUAAUAUGAAGAAACAAUUAUCUGAUGCAAAGUGCAAGGAACUUAGUGGGCAUGACAUCUUUGCUCCUCCACCAGAAAUUCCACCCAAGUCUCUCGAAGCAUGGAACUUUGAGAUGAACAAAGACAUUGGAGAGCCCACACUGCCAAACUCACCCCCCUCUGUAAGAGUCUCGAAUUCCGCGGGGCAUCCCAGCGGAUUCUUGUUUGGCAAGGAGCCUGUGGUCAAAACAGCUAAGAAGAUUCCCACUCAGAAGGUGGCAGAACUGACAGGCAAUGACAUCUUCAAGGAAGACGCACCACCAGGAUCAGGGGAUAAACCACUGAGCGUGGCAAAGCUGAAGGAGAUGAGUGGCAAUGAUAUCUUUUCAGAUGGAAAGACCACUUCUCGAGAUUACUUUGGUGGUGUCCGCAAGCCUCCUGGUGGUGAAAGCAGCAUCGCGCUGGUUUGACUUAUCUAACGCGUAGAAUUUCUUUGUGUUGGCUUUCUGAUUUUAGUGGAGAAGAUGCUUGUAUGGACUGAUGUAAGUAGUGGUUUCUGCAUGUGCUUGAUGGCAAUCAUGUUUGAUCUUACCCUGAUUUCAUGAGAUGUGGCAGUGAUAAUCUAAUUUAACAUGCGAACCGCAGAGUGGUUGUGACAUAUCUAAUGUACCAACCAAUGUAAGGAGUGAUUUCUGCUGUCAUUUUACAAUGAGAAUGUUGUUUUUAAGUUUAUUCCAGUUAAAUUGUUUUUUUUUGUUCA